AUACAAGUGAGCGUCAAGCUUGUACGAGGAAAACCUGUGAGAGAGAGAGAAGAGGGCGGGGACAGUCAACUACUCAGAGCGGAGGAUGAUUUUUUUUUUUUAAUCAUUCCUUGGUUUGGAAAAGGAGGAAGCAUCUCCAACUUCUGCCUCCGAAAAAAGAAAGAAAGAAAGAGUCAUUUGUGAGUCUGUGCUCGCUGGAGCGUAGUGCGCGCUCUUCGCUGGAGGAGAGGAGCAUCUGGAUAUUGCUGUGAGUUACCUCUUGCAGUUCAAGAUUUUUCCAGGAGUUGGGGGACGACAUUUAAAAAAAAAAACUGCCAUACUAGAGAGCAAGCUGUUUGCAACAAACAGAAAGGCGAGAGGGAGGAGAAACAGAACUAAAGGAGCGGAGAGAGGAGAGGUGACUUGGCCGAAGCGACAUGUUUGGCAUGUUUAAGAAUUCACUCUUCGGAAACACCGAGGAGACGGAAUAUAAGCUGCUCAGCAGCGAGACGAAGGAUGGAGUCAGCUUUGAGGUGCGACGGUAUGAUGCUGCUAAGUUUGCUGUUGUUUCCUCUGAGGGGCGAACCUUCGACCAAGUAACAGGAGAGCUAAUGAGGAAGCUGCUCAUGUAUAUUGGCGGAAGCAAUGAACAAGGUGAGGCCAUGGGUACAGCAGCUCCCAUCAUAAUGACAGUGUACCCGCGAAACGAUGGGGUUUUCUCUCGCCGCUUGGUGGUGGCCAUCCGCAUUCCCACCAGCUACCAGCAAGAACCCCCGACUCCCACCGACAGUGCCAUCAGGAUUGAAGAGAGGCCCGGCAUGACCGUCUACGCUCUGCAGUUUGGAGGCUUCGCAGGGGAGAGCGAGUACAGAGCAGAGGCCCUGCGUUUGACACGUACCCUGGGCGAGACGGCCCCCUUUCAGCGCAAGCAGUACUUCUGCUGUAGCUAUGACCCGCUCAGGCCUUACGGACGCAGAAAUGAGGUUUGGUUCCUACAGGAGGAGCCAUAGACGGUCAGAUCUCGUGCUAAAUUCUUUAUUCAUUUUCCUCACUUACAGUCAUGUAACCCUAAAACUGAGUUCGGGUGUUUACAAAAAGGGACAACUUGGGAUUCAGUGGAGUAGUAAUUUUUUCUCAUUUCAUGACAUUUUCUCUAAUUUAAAGUCAUGAAACUGGCCUAAAGUGACCGAACGCUUCAGAACAACUAUUUGGAGUUCUGCAAAGUAUGUUCAGCAAUUUAAUAUAAAAUAAAUUCCAUGAGUUCAAACAGCAUCCACACUGCUGCUCAGAUGUUUGGGGUUGAUUUAGAUUCAUCUAAGGCACCAUGCAAGCAAACAAAAAGGUCCUAUAUGACAAUUAAUGAUUAAUGAAAUCGUGCAUUAUUUAUGACUUUCAGUGGAACAUCUAUCUAGACCUAUGGUGGUCAGUGUUCUGCAACCAUCCAUUAGCACAUUUUGUUCUUUAAGUGAUAAUCAGGAAAAACUCGUUUUGUUUCACAGUUCAAUUGCAAGUGCUGAUUCAAGAAUCAACAGCAUUUGAGUGCUCGUUUCUUUUAAAAAAAAAAGGUUCUUCAAGCAGGAAACCAACAAAACCAAAGAUUGCAUAAAAAGGUGUGUGCUACUUCCUUAACAGAACAGAGCAAUGUGGUUUUAACUGGAGCAGUAAGAGAAGUGGAAGGCUCUGGUAAACGGCUGAGAAAGAGGCCCGCGGUGCCUGCAGUCUGACAAACAGAUGCCUCCAAAGUCCUCAGCUGGACAGUUUCAUUAAGUGAUUUUUUUUUUUUUCAACAGAUGAAUCCAAAACAACUUUAUUGAUCUUCAUCGAUUCUCUAAUCAAAGAGGAGUUCUGAUGAUGAUGGUGGCUGCUGAAAAUGGGCCUCUGUGUCUCUACACAGAUAUUGCAUUAAAAAUCAUUAAGCACAUUGAAAAUAGACAGAAAACAUAAAACUGAAGUGUUUUUCUUUACAAAAAUUUCCUAAUGAUCACCAAACAUUUUCUCCAAGAUGGGGAGGGUACACUCACUGUCCACUUUAUCAGAUCUGUUCAACAGAUUGCUGGUGCAAAUAUCUAAUCAGCCAAUCACAUGGGAGCAACCUUAGUAGAAUUGUGCAUCCCCAUUGGCCUCCACCAUCAUCAGAUGUCAAUCCAACAGUCUUUGGGAUGAGGUAGAACAAAAGAUUCACAUCAUGGAUGUCAGGCCAGCAAAUCUGCAGCAGCUGUGUGAUGCUGUCGUGUCAUUAUGGACCAAAAUCUCAGAGGAACGUUUCCAGCGCCUCGUUUAAUCAGUUGAGUGCAAAAGGAAAUCUAAGCUGGUAGUCGGGCGUAGCAGUGAGUGUAGAUCUAAAAGAAAUUACUGUUAAAUAAAUUGGAAAGUUACUGGGAUUUUUUUAUAGGCAUAAGACUGGAUGAUCAAAUCUAAAUCCAAACAAAUCAGUCUCGUCGUUUCCUUUUGGAUUUCUGUGUUUGUCCUUGAAGGUAUAUAAAGUCUCAGUAGCGCUCCUGUCUCCAUGAGUACACAUGCUCCACACGUUCAUGCUAGUUUACAACUUAGCGAUGACUACAAAGAAAUGUAUAGCAUUAUUUAACGUACAUGGUAGUAAAAACCACACAUCCUUUUCCUGAGUAAGGAACUGGAAAAAACAGGAGUUGAGCCAUAAAGUAGAAUUAAUGUUCAGUCUCUGUGAGUGAAACCUAGAUACAUAGCCACUGGUGUCGAUCUAAACUCUGUGAUUAUGCAUUGGUCCUGAAAGCAUUUGUGUGUAGUAAAUAUGUUGUUUUAUUGCAGUGCAUGAUAAUGCAAUCAUUACUUAUUAAGAUAUUUAAACUGUGUUAUGUGUACAGUGUGAUUCUGUGAUAAAACUGACCAUAUUGUUCAGAUUUGACAGUGUUUAAUAAUCUAAUAAAUAUAUUAUUUAAUUAGA